AUGGAAAAAAGAGCUCCGCCUGACACUUCGGUUGGCUGCUGCGCCGAAACAACAACCCCUGCAUCAUGGUCAAGCACGACCGAGUGCCGUGGGAGCGACGACGGUUGCCAGCAAGAUGCGUUCAACAAAAAGAACAGCGGGGGAAAGUCGGGUUGCCGUCUAGCUUUCCCACUGCCACCGCUGACGCUUAAAGGUCGUUGGAUCUGUGAAGCAUGUGACAAAACAUGCAUUGUCAUUCGUGAAGAAUGUCGGUGUCUGUGUGGCCACCGUUUGAAAGAACACACAAAGGGGCUAUCCAAGAGUCUAAGUGUCGAUGGUCCCGCGACGUUUGGGUGCACAAACGGCAAGUGCAAAUGCCGCGAUUUCUUCUACAUUGUUGCAGAGGGUGCGUGGAUCUUAAGGUGCAGGUGCAAGCACAAGCACGUCGAGCACGAUCCACUUUCCUUCAAGUGCACACGAACUUCCUGCUCGUGCAACAAGUUCGACUCUCCGUGGGUUUGUAAUUGCAACCAUCCGUGGAGCAAACACAAGCAAGCCAUGGAGAAGCCCAACAGAUCGGCAGACACACUUUCUCAAAUUGGAAAGGAGAUGGCUGAGGACUUUAUGGAGUUGAGUCGAGAGGUCACAAACUUGGAUAACCUGCAGAGAGAUCCUUUCGGAGGGUCUGUUCCGCUUGUUGGUUACACGCAGGUCCAUUGUUCCCGUCAGUCAGCUAGGAAAUGA